GCCUGGUAUCUGCCAAAGCGAUUGCAAAUGAAUGAAUGCCGUUGAUGGUGGUGUUGGCUAAAACUGAAACUUUUGUGUGUGGUUAGUCGUGAGAUGGUAACUGAAUAGAACGGGUAACGUUACGGCAAAGCGUUGUGUUCAAAGAAAAGUUGCAAGAGAAAAGUUUUAACAACAGCGGCCAAAAACAAAAAAAAAAAACCCAAAAACAAGACAAGUUAAAAAAAUAGCCAAAACAAAAACAAAAGCAACGCAAAAUUGAGAAAGUGUAUAAUUUUUGGAGACUUUUUCCUGCUGGACAACUAACUUGAUAGACACUAUUGUAACAGUAGUAGACAACAUAGCAGUCACCCCCGUUCCGGAAGAUUAAAUGUAUACAUAAUUGUGAUUGUCUUGAUUAUAUUUUCAGAUGUCUAAGCUACACCAAACUUUACCCUAAAUCUCCAUGUUAAUUAAGGACCUAAAAACGUAGAGCAAAUAUCUCAAUAGAAAACAUCAAAGUUUGAGUAACCAUAGCAACAAGCUUAGAAGUAUUAAGUGGCCUAUCCUUCCCCAUAGUCCAACCAACUCUCGAAUAAAAGACAACGACAGUAGCCGUAGUAGUAACACCAGCAGUAAGAAGCAGCACCUACAACAACAUCAGCUCUACAAUGAAAAAAUGUUCGAUAAAAUUGAGGCCCUUGCUGGCAAUUCUAGUCAUAAGUUCCAUGCAAUUUGUUUAUGUCACAGCACAAUCGAAUUACGUCCAGCAUGGUGAUAGUGGAAAUUAUACAACCAAUGGUCUGCCCGAAGAAGCAACGCUCGAUGGAAAGGUUACCAAACUAGACGAUAUUAGUCCAUUGAUAUUUUUAAAUCGCACAAAAGCCGCACUGAAUUGUGCAGCCGGUUCUAUGCAGGUGGACAUGAAAUUCAAUGAGCCAUUCCAUGGCAUCAUACAAGCCGAUUAUGAUCGCAGCAGCGCAUGCCGCGUCAAUGGUAAAGGUGCAUUAAGUUAUAGAUUGGAACUGCCAUUGAAGGGAUGUGGUACUUUACAGAAUCCCACACGUGUUUUCACCAAUAAUAUAAUUGUACGUUUUCAUGCAAAUUUGGAAAUGGAUGGCGAUGAAAUUAUCACCAUUGUAUGCCGCUAUCCUCCGCCCAUACCCUCACUGCCACCAGCCUUACCAGCUCCCAUUUUAAAUCCUAUUGUCACCGGAGCCAUUGUUCAUCCGCCCCUAAAGGGUAUCCAAAUUUUGAUGAUUAUAUGUGCUAUUAUGUUCCUUACCCUAUUGUUGUUGGGCUUGGCUGUCUCCUACUAUUGUCUACGUAGCCGUCCUAUACCAGUGGUUCGUCGUCUUCCCAUGUCCAUGGGAAGUGGUUCGGAAAUUACUAAACUUAGCGGUAGUAGCAUGGGUGGCAUCCCCGAAGAGAUGGGAAUUAAAAUUCCUCGUGCCCAUGCCCCACUGGCUGCUGUGCACAGUUCAUCGGGUAGUGAAGGUGCCAUUUUGCCUUCAGAUUAUCCCAGUGAAUCGCAUUCCGAAAUCGAAGAAAUUGUAUCAUUACCUUUCAGCUCGGCUGGAAGUUUCGAAAAUCCCGCUUUCAUACAAGAAACCUCGAGCAUUUACAGCGAUCAUUAUGGCCAUACACAAGAGAUGCAGGCUGUCAAUGCAAUUGCCACCGCCAUACCACGUCACCCAAUUGCAAUCAAGGAGGCCUCUUCGCCCAAAUUCGAUGUACAGGUACGAGUCAAGAAGUCCCCACCGCCACCACCCUCGCCACAAACAUCCGACACCGAAAGUGUGGCCACGCUACGAAAUGAUCGCAAUAAUCUUUCCACAAUUAUGGAAUCUCAUGAAGAUCGUGAAAGUGUUAUAACCAUGGAAUCACUGCCAGGUCAAGAAGAGACCAUGCAAACACAAUUCACCUACACUCCUGACAUACAUACGGCACCACAUCAUACAGAAAUCACAAUGCUGCCGCCACCACAACCUGUGUUCUCGGUGUACACGCGCACCCAUCAUGAAAUGGUUGAUGGACGUCCCGAAACCUGGUCAGAUUACACUGAUGGUCCUGCUCUGAGCGAAAUUACGGAUGUCACUUCGCGUGCUCCCGACUUGCAUUCGGUGGCUGAAAUGGUUGAUAGCUCUCACUUCGUAGAAACGGAAUACAUUCCACCAGAGCCACCAAUUGUGGUGAAAAAACCUCAAAUCACCUCUCACACAGUGGAUGAUGUCUAUUUGCGUACCAUUACCGAGAAGAAGACCAUUGAAGAUAUUGAAUCGCACAAGCGAAAGGUUACCGAGUAUAAGCCCAAGCCCAAGCCAUUGGCUCCCCCAGUACCCGAUCCCACAUGGGAUGUUAAAAUACGCAACUAUCCGACAGAACGUGAACAACAACAAUGGGAGAACUUUUCGGAUAUUUCAAGUGUUUCUGGCCUAACAUUGACUCCCAAGAUGGAAAGAUCUGAGCUAUCGUUACCUCCAAUUAGGCCAACUGAACCACCACAACAGAUCUAUGAUAACAAGGAGAAGCUGACCAGCCCUCAAUUGGUGGGCAACAUGAAACCCAUUGAAUUGCCUCCAGAGGAUACGGCUGUGCCCAAUUGGGGUGUUUUGAUAAGGGUCUUGGAAGAACCUGAAAUGUCGGAGCCUGAUGAUACCAGUUCGGUACAUUCUAGUGGUCACCCUCUGGCACGUCUCAUAAGCUAUGACGACAAGGCCAAAUGGAAGGAAAUCAUCACCACUGAGUCUUCAUUGCGUACCAUGCUCACGGAGGCUGUGGUCAAGGAAGACUUUGAGCGUAUACGUGCCGACACACGAUACGAGAGAAUAUUCGAACCCCAAACUUGGGAUGUUAUUGUGCGCAUUUUGGCACCACCCUCCGAUGAUGAGGGCGAUGUAGAGAUGAGAACACCACGCCGUAAUAAGAAGACCCAACCUUGGGAUACACGCUCUCGGCGCAGCUCCUUGCCAACUUUGUAUGAGUAUGACAGCGAUGGUGGUUCCAGUGUACGCACCAUACGCAAUGAUCCCUCGAUGCCCAUACAUCCCAAUGCUUUUAACUUGCAAAGAUCUCGUCGGUCCUCACGCACUUCCUACAACACCGAUCACAAUGAUUUCCGUUCAAUGUCCGAGGUAACUGUAGAUUUUGGACGCAUGGAUAAUAUGUCAAAUGCCAGUUCUUAUUAUCCCAUGCAGUAUGAUGAUGAUGAUAUGUCCGAGAGACGUUCAUUCCAUCGUUCGGUGAGUCAUCCAUCAUUGGCUCGUUCGGGUAGUGAAUUCACCGAACAUUGGGCUGCCCCCGAUGAUAUGUCCUCACCAGAGGGGACACCCACUGCCACUAGAUCACAGAGAAUGGUGACCACAUUCCAACCUAGGGUCCCUGCCCCACCGCCACCACCACGGGCCGGCCGCAUGGUAGCUCAAACACAAAGCGAAUAUGUGGAAACUCGGCGUACCUCAUCUUAUCGCACAGACACCGCCACCAGACCCAGGGAGUGGUAAGCCCCAGGGUAAAAGCCAAGGAGGAUGGUCCAUAUCAACAAAAAUGAGUGUAAAAAUUUAAAUGUGUAAAAUUAGACGGCAGGAACCGUCUAGUUUCAGAAAAUAUAGUGAAACUAUCCUCCUCUACUUUGAUUGCUGUCCACUAAAUCUCUUUACUACUCACUAAAUAACUUUAGCUGUACCAUUAGAUAUUCUCAAGCUUCAAAAGCUUUUGGGAAUUAAUUUCUUCGGCUACAUCAUUUAAGCUUUGGUUUUCUACGCUAAAUUUUGAAUGCUUUUAACAUUGGAUUAAAGGGUUUUUAUAAUGCAAUAUAUCUGAAAGAUGGUGAAGACAAUUCAUCUUAAAAAAAUCCAAAAUUGUCUUGAUUUGAAUAAAAAUUCAAAAUUACUACAAAAUGAAACAAGAAUAUCAAAGUUAUUACCUUCGUUUCAGAAGAUUUAUUGCAUUGAAAUAUCCUUGGCCUAUUGAACUUUCCUGCUUUCCUUCAUGUGUCUUUUUUAUUUCAACACACCUUUCAAGGCUUUAAAAGCUUAUGAAAAUUUUAACUUUUUUUAAAACACAUUUUAAUUUGUCCAUUUCAAAUGCUUAGCUUCUCUUGUGUAUAUCAUUUUUCAUUUCAUUUCGAAUACACUGCGAUUAAUUUUCUUUUAAUAUUUUUUUUUUUAAUAUACGAUAGCUGUAAUUUAACACAAGUGCCAAUUGACUCAAACUAAAAACAAAUAAUAAUAAAAAACAAAAAAAUUAAAUAAAAACGUAUAUCUAAUGAAAAAAAUUUUAAUUCAAUAUAUCAGCUGAACAAAAAUGUAAAUUUUCCCUUAUAAAAGAAAAGAAGUACUUCCAGUAGUUUUAGGUUAGCUUUAAUAAAAAAACAACAAUAAACACUUAAAAUUUGCUUAGUCAGCAAGAAAAAAUUUAAUAUAAAAAUGUUAUAAAAUCUGAAAAUACUAUUAAUUUUUGUUCUAAAUUCUCUAUGAAGUCACAAAAGAGAUUUCUUAGGAUCUUAAUUUCUUUCCUAACUGAAAAUGUUUUAGAUUCUAAAAAAGCUCAGCAGUAUUUUUUUUUUUUUUUUUUUGAAAAAAUAUUUCUAUAACAGAAAGGUUUUUGGGACCAAGCCAAAAAAGCAAAAACAAGGAUAAUAGCUCUGAUUUUGAAAACAAUUUAAAUUUCAAUUCAUUCUUAAGUUACAAGUUCCUUAGUUGAAGAACAGCAUUUCCCUAUAACUUGUGUAAAGUUCUUCAGGUCUGAUUUUAAAUUAAACAUGGCAGGAUACCUCACAAAUGUACCCAGCAUUAGUAGCAUAUUAACCACCGCUGAAAAAAUGUUUAGUGUUCACGCUAGAGUUUUAAUCCAGACGGACAUGCUAUCUUCUGCGCCACAGUGGCCUCCAGUCAACCUGCAUCAAUAUGAAGUAUCUGAGCCAAAUUUCGAGAGGUUAGCUUUACGUGUUCCAUAUAUUUGCGUGCUUUCGUACUGUCCGUCCGUACGCUAGAUAGACUUGAAAUGACAUGUGUGUAUAUAUACUUAAUAGGGUAUGUUCGUAAUCUUGUGGAGUUUGUGAAGUUGGGAUCCAUUUUGGGUACUUUCAUACACCAGUUCCUGUUGCAGUACGUACGUCUGAAAUUCUAACACUAUUGUCUGAACCUAGAUAAGUUUUCUCUAGUCUCCCUAAUCGCCGUUCACUAGGGGGUAUCCAAUCAUCCAUUAUUGCUAUUAAAUCCCCUAAUUUCAAAUUGGGUUUUUUGUAUCUUCCAUUCAAUAUGCUUGUGCAGAGUCUUGAGACAUUCCUCCUUCCAUCUCAAGGCGAAUUGGUGUUGAAGAAUCUUUAAUAUUACUUUCUUACUGUAAUGGGCUAUGACAGAACAUUUGUCCCGUUAGCCAAAUGUAGAAUAGCGUUCCAAGCGCCUCGAUCUUCUGAGAUCAUUCUAAAAUCUAUGACACCUAGUUUCCAUCGCGCUUUUGGUCCCGUUUAACCAAAAGUUUAUUAGAGAAAAAUUGGAAGAAAGUGGUUCAUGAGAGGCUUGUGUAGAUGAGCCAGAAAAUGUGUAUAUGAGCCAUUAAGAAAAUGGCCAGGGGUCAAUGCGGCUAUCUUUCGACAUUGCAGAAAUAGUACGGUAAUUCAAAACGCCUGCAAUCCUUCCCAAGAUUGUUGGAAACUGCAAUCUCCUGCAAUCUUUUUGAAAUGCAUUUUAAAACUAUGAACUGUGGUCUCCUAGAGGCCGCCCAUAUGAGGUGCGGAGGAUUGAAUUUCCAUUCAAACCCAUGAGCUGUGUAUUUUUAAGAAAUGUCGCCAGAAUCAGAAAAUCUCACGAAUUAGUACUCUGCUUGCCGUCAAGAAGUUUCGGCCAUUAUCCGGCUCGAAGGGCCACUCUCUAGAGAAGUCAAUGUUGCUGAAUGGAUGAAGCUUGGCUACACGUAAAGGAAUAUCACCGAUAUUCAAAAAGGGAAGUGGAAUGUAUGUGGGGUUUAAAUGCUAAUGAACUACAUGGACUGGUUUUGACAAGCCCAGACUAUCCAAAUAAUGGCAAAUAUACUCACUGAAAAAAAGUUGUAGUUGACUUCGCAAUGAUAUUGUACCAGUAGUUCUGCUAUUACAAGAGUAGAACUGCAAUUUCAGAGCAGCAGACUAACUGCUAAAAAGUCAGUUGUUUGCUGAAAAUGACUGCUGCUUAAUUAUGAAGGGGAUGUUAGAAGAAAAAAUAAAACACACAUGUAAAUGUGUGUCUCAGUGGAUGUUUAUAAUCAUGAAUGGGUUAGGUUAGAAUUAAGUGGCAGUCUGCCAUCAGACUCACUUAGACGUUUUCGUCCAUUGUGAUACCACAGGAACAAGAGAAGGAAGAUGCCUUCUGGUUCCUACCGUUGAACCAUCCAGAUGACUUUAAGAAAUCCAAAUUAUUCAUACCUGAUUGUACACAAUUUAGUUUAGUGCUUGAUUAAAGCUGAACAUCGUCAGCGUACAUUUGCACAUUGCAAUGCAUCGGAAUAUCAGGUAGAUCGUUUAUGCAUACAGAAAAAAGCAAGGGACCAAGAAUAGAGCCCUGUGGAAGAGCUGCUGCAGAUAUUAUAUCACCAACAUUGACGGAUUGACGGACUUUUUUAUCCAUUGUGAUCAUUAGAGAACCCACCAAAGCUUUCUGAGAGGGCAUCCUCAAAAUUAGCAAAUUUUGUAGAAAACAAUGACAUUUUUAACAUUCGGGGUGGGUCAAAAACUUUUCUGGGUGCUUAACUACCCCCAAGAGGCCAUUCUACGCUUUUGAUUGUGAUUAAGGUUAACGAAAAAUUGGCUUAAUCCUCAUUUGGGCUGUCCUUACUUCUUUAAAAGUAUUGUGAUAUGUAUAACAAAUGCAGAUUUUUUGAUUCUUCGACUUAUAAAAAAUUAGCUUAGACUUCAACACCAAAGUAUUGUUAUUCAACUACAACAUCGAUGUAAUGUGAUAUAUUUCACUUUGAUUCAUUGAAGGAAGAAAGGGAAGCCACCGUAGCAUGUUCGCUUUUGACGCUGAACGUCAUGGUUUGAAUCCUGGCGAAAACAUAUGAAACCAUUUACAUCGGUAGCUAUCUCUAAUCCUAAUUCUGGCAACAUUUGUUAGGUAAUGUGCCUUGUAUAAACUUAUCUCCCCAAAGAGGUUUUAUAUUGCGGCACACCGUUCAGUUUCGGCUAUAAAAACAAACCCCUUAUCAUUGAGCUUAGCUUUGAUUCGUACAUCUCUCAUUGAUAUGCGGGAAAUUUGCCCCUGUUCUUCCAUGGAAUGUUCAUGAAUAAAUUUGCAUUAGCAAUGCAGAAAGACCAAAACAUUUUUAAAGCUAUCAUUGAAAAAUAUUAUUGCUGGAAAACAAUUUCAUACCAAAAGGUAAAGUUUUACAAUCGCGAUUCCUUUCUUUAAAAAUUAAAUAUGUUAAAAAUUGUUAAUAAUUCACAUACAUCUUCUCUAUAUCUUCAUUAAAUAUUCAUUUGUCACAAACUUUAUUAUACGCACACAAAAAUCUUAAAAUUCUUGCCAUUUUCUUAGAGAAAAAAAUUAAACUACCAGAAAAAAUUUCCAAACAUUUUUAUAUUAAACUUUUUUCGUAUAACUCAAAAAUUCAAUACUUUUCAAUAAUUCGAACUAUAAAGCAAAACAUGUAUUGAAUUACUGGAAACUAUUGAAUUGAAAUGCCUUAAUCUUAACAUAUUACAAAAAAAAACAACAACAAUAACUCAUAUACCGCAAUCAAGAACAUAAAUAAAAAUUACAUUUUUUUUACAACAAAAUAGGUGGUGGGGACCCCAAUGCAAUUUUGUAAUUUUAUUUUCUUCAAGAAUUAUAAAUGUAGCUUAAUUGUAUUUUUUUUUUCAAGAACUUCAAAAUAAAUAAAAACUCAAAUAAAACAAAGUAUUAAAUACUACCUUUAUAUAAACAAAUAUAUAUAUAUAAUAAUGUAAACAAAUAAAAAUAUUACUACUUACUCAAAAUAAUGCAGCUGAAUUAUUUGUCCUUUAUCAAGUCCGUCCUGAAAACGAUAUGAAAUGAGAAUGUGUUCUUUUAUUUAGAAAUUAAUUGAUAAAGCAUAUUAAUUUUAAAUUUAUUUAAACAAAAACAAAACAAAAUGCCUGAAUAAAACAAAUAUUAUCACAAA